AGGUUUCCCGCCCGCUGCCAUCGCUCCGCGCGGCUUCUUCGGCUUCACCAAGAUGGCGGCGGCGAGAGGCUUCUGCGGUCGUUUGAAUUCCAUCCCCGCCGCCAAACUCGGACAAUAACAGCCAGUGUCACCGGCGGAGGAGUCGCAGCUGCCCGCCCGCCCUCCUCCUCCUCUUCUCCCGCCCGCUAUGGACUCCUUCCCGGGGGAAGACCCCACCUUGCCCGUGGAGUUCAACGGCAGUGUCAACAUUUCCCAACUGCCAGAUGUCUCAGGAGAUGAAAUUCGUAUCCCUUUGGGAGGUGGUGGAGCAUUACCAGACGUGGCGGAAGACACAGUUUCACCCACCAGAGCACGGACCAUGAAGGAUUUUGAAAAUCAAAUCACUGAGCUGCGAAAAGAGAACUUCAACCUGAAACUGCGCAUAUAUUUUCUGGAAGAACGAAUGCAGCAGAAAUUUGAUGGUCCAAAUGAAGAGAUCUGCCGAAUUAAUAUUGAACUCAAAGUUGAAUUGGAAAGCCUGAAACGGGAACUGCAGGAGCGAGAUCGAUUGCUCAUCAAGGCUUCGUAAGUAUCACC